AUGGUGAGAACGCUGAUUGUUCCAUUGGUAUCAACGGGUAAUGUCCCCCAGUUGGCUCUCGAUCUGCUAGUACAUUCUUUGUCGUCAGAAUUUGACUUUGUAAAGUCGUUAGACUCUACUUUCGUUCAUCCGUUUGUUGGCCCUUUAGACUACGUCCUUGAUCAGCACGUACCUGUACUGUUCAGUAAAACCGCACCUCAAAAGAUUUACUCGACUGCCUUAGAACUAUUUUACAAUGAAUCCAAAGAUAUUUAUGUGCUCCAGCAGCGUACGCCUGUUAUUCAAGGGUAUUUGAAUAACCUCAUCAAAGAGACAAUUCUGCCAUUGAUCGAUGAAUUUAAAAUUGAAGAUGUUGUAAUUCUUGACUCGUUUGGUCCCUUGGAUGACGAUGUCCUGGAGGCAACAACGGUUCCAGCUAGAAGAGGCACCAAUCUCAUAUCCGAUGGGACGUGUGAAGUUGGUUCAGUGACCGAUGUCAUACGCAGUUUUGAACAAAGUUUGAACCUCAACCAAGGCUCAGAGUUGCAUUUACCAAGUUCUUUGUUCAAAUUCACUCCAGACAGUCUUCAGCAGGAGAUCUCAUCUAAGCAGCAGAUAUUUCAUUUUGCCUAUCAUUUGCUCAACGGUAAAUCACCUUAUUUGAAGGAGAUCAAAUACUGUAGUGCUUUUGUCCACGAGGGUGACAAUUCAGAGGAUGCCCAUUUACUAUGCGAUCAUCUCCCUGUUGUUAUUGAAUCUCUCGACAAGUUACUCAAGCAUACGCCGCCCGUCUCUUGGAAGGGUGUUUACGGUUUAAGACCCGUUCCAAUUGCUUUUGAUGAAGGAAUCUACGUUUGA